GGCACAAGCCAUUGGGAGCCUGGACAUGGGACUGGACUCCAGGACUCCUGGGCCUUUUUGUGGUUUUCCCACUGUCAGGAGAGACUCCUUUUGGGCACAUCACUCAGCAUCACGGUAUUCCAGGUAUCCUUAUCCCAGGAUCCCGUCUGACUAACAUUAGGUAACAGCAUAUUCAAACAUGACCGAUGGGAGAACUAAUUAGAUAAUGGCCACUGCAUAUGCAAAGAGCUAGGAUGACAUUAUAUCAAGGGAGAUGCUAAUUGCAGCUGAUGAAUCCAAUAGCAAGUGCCAGAAAAAAUAUACAUACAGAAGUGGCACUCACUGCUCAGCUAUUAAUUCCCAUGGCAUGCCUCAUUUCCAAGAGAGCUUGGCCACAUAUAAAAGCUUUUGGCCCCAGCGCUGUCCUCAGGACUCAGACUCCCUGCUCAGUACGUCCACCACUGGUCCACGACUGUUUAUCCCUGAGGGUUUGGCCAUCUCUGCCCCCGGAUGCACUACCAUAAAGGCAACAGCGACCAGGACUUAUGCCACGACGGCUCGGUCUGUGGUGAGAAGGGCUCAACGUGGCACAGUUCCACGGGGUGCUGCCACGAAAGCCCCGUGGGCACCACGGACUUGCCCCCUUGCCACGACCCCGGCAGCCUCAGCCGCGACAUUGAGGGCUCCUGCCAGAGCGAGCCGCAAGGCUGCCAGCCCACGGGGCCGUGCCCACCCCGGAGCUGCUGCCCACCACAGCAAAGCUGCAAUCCCGGCAAGCCCCGGCGGCGGGUGGAGGUGAGCCACGUGCAGCCCAUCUGCCCCCCACCCGUGAAAAUCCAUCGCCGGCCACUGCAGCAGUACCGCCCACCCCUGCGCUGCCAGGAGCCCGAUGGCUGCGGCAAGCCCCGGCGACGAGUGGACCAGUGUCCCGUGGAAGAUGUCUGUCCCCCCGUGAUACUGCAUCCCCGACCGCUGCAGCAUCACUGCCGCCGCGUCCCGUGCUGCCACCCACCCGUCCGGCACUGCUGCCCGGCCGCCGUGCCCCUGCCGCUGCAUCCCGGCCAGCACCAGCAAAAACAGGUCCCUCUCUUGCCACCCUGCCUGCAGAAGAAAUGAGCAGGGGGCCAGCGAGGCACUGGGACCCCUCGCCGGGACGUGCUCACGCGCCGCUCAGCAUGGGGGAUGCUUCGCCCCUCGCCGAUGCUCCCGCCUCCGCUUUCGGCACGAUGCAAAGCCACCGUGGCUGAUGGCUUGCUGCUGGUUUUUGCACAGUGGAUUCGGUGACUGCAAACCCCUGCUUGACCCCAGCACUGACACUUUAAAUUCCCAAGGUCCUGCCCUGCCAGGGAGUAGGCUUUAAUCCUCCAAACCCCACUUUGCUCUUCCUCAAGGUAGAGCAACCGUUUCUCCCCUCUUCUGAGAAGGUGAGCAGCCUGGGAGUGGAGAAACCGAAGAGAAAGUGCCUGAACAAGGAUGAGGAAAGAGCCUGCCAUGGAUUCACCUUCUCCCAUGGGUUCAGCAGACUGUGAUUUCAAGGUUGUUUGAAAACAGAGACAGGACUGUACUGGGAAAAAAGUACACACGGUGACCACAGGAACACCAAGGACUCCUGUAAUUUUAUUUUCUCCCUGUGUAUUUAAGAAUAAAAUUGAAAAAAUUUA